AUGCUCUGUCGUUUUAAAUCUUUCCGAUACCCUUCGAGCCUAAUGUGUCGACCUUCACGCCUCUUUUCAUCAGUCGGCAAUAGUGACAACGACUCCGAUGAUACUACGACUGUAAAUAAGUUGGUAGAUUUCUUCAGACGUACAGACGAGAAAUUGGCAUUGGAAGCUGCCCAGCAUUUUGCCGAGAAACCGAUUGAUUCUAAGCCUCCUGUUCAGCCCUCCUCAGCACUAUCUGUAUCCGCACCGAAGCAGGAAGAGGCCACCAAACGACGUCAGAGUUCGGCUCCGCGGCUCGUCCCAUGGACUUCUAAUCGUUUUCAAAAGGGAUAUAGGAUCAAAACGUCGUCUGAUUCACCGAUGAAAACCGCAAAGAGUUUUGCAACAAUGCUUCGCGAGAGUACCUUUGUUCAGUGUGGAAAUUUCAGCCAACGAGAGGUCCUCGGCGUUGUCGUAGAGAAUGCGAACGACUCAGACUUAUACAUUGACUUUGGAGGCAAAUUCCUCGCUGUCGUGCCACAACCCGAGGACUCAUUCUAUCCCCGUGGCAGCCUUGUACGGAUUCGGCUACGCGACCCCGAGAUGGCCAAUCGCUUCAUGAUUAACACCAAAGCCAUUAGCUUGCUUGAGGCCGACGCUGUUCUCAUCGGCCCCUUCCGUGGACAGGUGGUAAACCAAUCCUGGGAUUCUCUAACCAACAACUAUAUCCCUUUCCAAACCCCCAAAAAUCCCCUAGAUUCAACCAGUCACGUUGGAAUGAACAAGGAUUUGUGUGGUAUUGAGCGUUAUGCCCAAGUUCACGUCUAUCGCAAAUGGAGAGUGGCUCAGUCUAUUGCUACAUCUCCCAACUUUAUGUCUGGCGAACCGUCAGGUGACGACACCCAGGGCCAUCAGCACUCCCGCCCUCUGGGUUUUGAUGAGGCUGUGCUGCGGCCAAGUCAGGCCCUCCCCGACGGUGUCAAUGUGGAGGUUCGAGGUUAUGACUUCAACAGGGGCGUUGAUUACGAAGCCCUUCUUGCGUCUUACGCCAGCACGGGUUUUCAAGCCACUCACUUCGGCCAAGCUGUCGACGUAAUCAACGCUAUAAUUAAGCGAAGGAGUGUGAUGCCUGGUGGUAAAGAUGAGGACGAGUCGAGGGAGACGUUGAAGGAACUUGGACUCGGUCUUGCCCGACGUUCCGGCUGCACCACGUUCCUUGCAUACACCUCCAACAUGAUUACCUCGGGGGUGAGAGAGGUCAUCCGCUUUCUUGUACAGCACAAUAUGGUGGACGUGGUGGUGACUUCUGCCGGUGGCGUUGAAGAGGACUUUAUUAAGUGCAUGGAGCCUUUUUAUGUGGGCGACUUUUUGCGCUGGUCCGGUGCUCAUCUCCGUCAUCUGGGCAUCAACAGGACAGGCAAUCUCCUCGUACCCAACAACAGCUACGUUGCUUUCGAGAACUGGCUUCUUCCCAUAUUUGAUAAAAUGCUCGAAGAACAGAACACAAUGAACAUAAAUUGGACCCCGUCUAAAGUCAUUGACCGUCUUGGCAAAGAAAUCAAUAACCCCGAUUCGGUGUACUACUGGUGCCACAAGAAUGGAAUUCCGGUCUUCUGCCCAGGAAUAACAGAUGGAGCCCUGGGCGACGUGCUGUUUGCUCACACCUACCGCGCGCCACCAGGGCUUCGUGUUGAUGUCGUGGAGGACGUGCGACGCAUCAACACGAUCGCCAUCUACUCCCACGCAACCGGUGUCGUAGUGCUUGGCGGAGGCAUCGUCAAGCACCACACACUGAACGCAAACCUGAUGCGCAAUGGCGCCGACUAUGCUGUCUAUGUGAACACGGGCCACGAGUUCGACGGCUCCGAUGCCGGGGCGCGACCCGAUGAGGCCGUCUCUUGGGGGAAACUUAAAAGCGCCUCGGAGCCGGUUAAGGUACAUGGUGACGCCACCAUCAUAUUUCCACUUCUGGUAGCUAAAACCUUCGCCAAGCACUUCCACGAAAGUCGCAUGGCUCAAACCCCUGUUACGUCGCCUGAAUAA